UUAUUUUCAUUUUUUCCCUUUUAGUAUAUUUUGGAUAAGCGUUUACUUGUACAGCCAUGGACCUGUGUGACCACAGAAGACGUGUUGGGAUACAAUGUCUUCUGCUGCUUUGUUCAUGGGGAUUGUGUUCCGGACAGUUCGUGUAUUCAGUCUCAGAGGAGGUGGAUAAAGGAACAUUUGUUGGAAAUAUCGCCAAAGACCUAAAUCUUAACGUGAGGGAACUAGAAUCUAGAGAGAUUCAGAUAGUAACCGGAUCCAAACGGAGGUAUUUUGAUGUCGACGUGAAGACUGGCGUUCUUUUUGUCAGUGAGAUAAUUGACAGAGAUGCCAUCUGCCCCAACUCCAUAAAAUGCUCCAUAGAUGUAGAAGCUAUCAUGAAUCAUCCCAUGCGAAUCCAUCGUAUUGAAGUAAACAUUUUGGACAUAAAUGACAACGCGCCAUCAUUUCAAGAGCGCAUUCACGUUAUCAAUAUGACCGAAUAUGCCUCUCUAGGUGAAAGAUUUCCAUUACCACUUGCCGGUGAUGCGGACGUUGGCAGUAAAUCGAUAAAAACCUACAACCUGAGCCCGAAUGAAUACUUUUCUCUGGAUGUACAGAGCGAUGGAGAGCAUAGUGUGACUGCUGAGUUAGUGCUGCAGAAAGCUUUAGACCGAGAGAAACAAGCUGUGAUUAAGCUGAUACUGAUUGCUGUUGAUGGAGGAAAACCUCCACGAUCUGGGACUUUAGAGAUAAUAAUUAAUGUGAUAGAUGUGAACGACAACAGCCCGAUUUUCACUAAAUCUCUGUAUAAAGUCCAAGUCUUAGAAAAUGUUGCAUUUGGAACUUUAGUUCUAAUCAUAAACGCAACAGACAUAGACGAAGCUGCAAACGGUGAGAUUGAAUACUCAUUCAUUGGUAACAGAGAAAUGGAUCUUCAUAGGCUGUUUGCAGUCAAUCAGCACACAGGUGAAAUAACCGUUAAAGGAAGUUUAGAUCACGAGGAGAACCCUGCGUUUGAAAUCCGUGUACAAGCAAAAGACAAGGGUAAUCCACCAAGGAGUGCCCAUUCAAAAGUCCUAAUUGAAAUACUUGAUUUCAAUGAUAAUACACCCGAGAUAGAAAUAACAUCCCUGGCCAUUGCAGUCAAAGAAGAUGCCGAGAAAGGAACAGCAGUGGCUUCAUUGAGUAUUGGAGACAAAGAUGGGAGUAAAAAUGGGCUCAUCAAAGCUUUUAUUAUAGGAGAUUUUCCUUUUAAAUUACAGUCGUCCUAUAAGAACUAUUAUUCUUUAGUGGUAGAUGGGCCUCUAGACAGAGAGAGUGCCUCUCUUCAUAACAUAACUAUUAAAGCCAUUGAUGAAGGGACCCCACCUCUCUCCAGUACUAGUGUUAUUACUGUACACAUUUCUGAUGUGAAUGACAACGCUCCACUCUUUCCGGAGCCCAUAAUGAACUUUUAUAUAGAGGAGAACAGUCCAGUGGGGGUUCGUGUUGGCAGCGUGACAGCGAAUGACUCGGAUAUCAAUGAAAACUCUCAAUUGACGUAUACACUAUCAAAAAACAAAACACAUGCCCGUUUGUCAACAUUUCUAAACUUAAAUUCUCUAACUGGUGAGAUAUUCAGCUUACAGUCAUUUAACUAUGAAGAAGUGAAAAAGUUCCAGUUCCAAGUUCAGGCCACAGAUUCUGGUGUUCCUCCACUAAGCAGCAACGUCACUGUCAACGUUUUUAUCCUGGAUGAGAAUGACAACAGUCCUGUGAUUCUCCCGCCCUAUUCUGACCACGGCUCCGUUAAUUCUGAGAACAUUCCUUAUUCUGCUGAAGCGGGAUACUUUGUGGCCAAGAUCAGGGCUGUAGACGCCGACUCUGGAUAUAAUGCGCUGCUUUCUUAUCACAUCUCUGAACCAAAGGGGACCAAUCUAUUCAGAAUAGGAACCAGCAACGGAGAAAUACGGACUAAGAGACGCAUGAGUGACAAUGACCUAAAAACUCACUCGUUGGUCAUUCUGGUGUCUGAUAAUGGAGAACCUUCCCUGUCUGCGACUGUGUCUAUUGAUUUUGUUGUCGUUGAAAGUACAGGUGACACACAGACAUCUUUCAGACAUCUGACUGUUAAGGAGGAGAGUUUCUCAGAUUUUAAUCUGUAUCUGCUCGUCGCCAUUGUGUCAGUAUCAGUGAUAUUUCUACUGAGCCUCAUCAGUUUAAUAGUUGUAAAAUGCCACAGGACAAACGGCAGUUUCAGCAGGUGCAGCGCCCCAAUGAUCACUACCCACCCUGACGGGAGCUGGUCUUACUCCAAAUCUACUCAGCAGUAUGACGUGUGUUUCAGCUCUGACACAAUGAAGAGUGACGUAGUAGUUUUCCCCACGCCGUUUCCACCUGCUGAUGGUGAGCUGAUCAGUAUUAAUGGAGGAGACACUUUUCAAAGGACAAGAACUCUGCCAAAUAGUGAGAAGGUGAGCCUUUUUUGCUAUUCACAAUAA